AUGGCCACCGGCCACCACCAAUGCCACUGCCACCUGCCACCACCCGCCACCACCACCCACCAAACCAUGUGUUGUUAUUACUCUUUACAACCACCACCACCACCACCUCCAUCAGAGCCACCAUUCCAUUCCAUCUCUUCUCAUCUCCACCACCAACACCACUACCCUCCUCCACAAACCCACCUCCACGCGCCACCGCAAAACCACCACAACCUCCAUAGCAACCACCACGACUAUUAUCCUCCUCCUACUAUUACUACUACUCAAAACCAUCAACUUUUUCAAAAGUACCGCCAACAGGAAGAAGCUCAAGAAACCCCACCACCGGUUAAUCCGACCGUCUCCUCCCUCAUCCACCGCAUCGCUGCCCUGGAGUCCUCCCUCCGCCGCCGCAAAGGCUCCCCACGGUCAUCCUCUCUCCGUGACGCCGCCGCCCGUACAAUACAAACACAUUUCAGAGCGUUUCUCGUACGGAGAUCCAUAACCCUACGAAACCUAAAAGAUCUCGCCCAUAUCAAAUCAUCUCUCAACAGUCUGAAAUCCUCCAUUUCCGGUAGUAAAAUCCACUUUGAUUCUCAUCUCCUUUCUCGCGAAUCCAUUAAUUUGCUCAUCAAGCUCGAUUCGAUUCAGGGAAGUGAUCCGAUGAUUAGAGAUGGUAAACGAUUAAUUAGCCGAGAAUUGAUUCGAUUCAUGGAGCUCAUCGAUGAAAUGUCUACAGAAAACCAUGUGAUUUCAGUUAAGAAUGUUAGAUUCUGUAAAAAUGGUAAGAAAUCUGUGAUUUUACAGCGAGAGCAGAAAAUUAGGGCUUCUGGUUCUAGGGUUUUGGGUGAUGAUGACGAUGAAAGAAAAUUCCCCCAAAAUCUGAACAAUCAAAGUAAAAGAAAAAUUAGGGUUUCAUUGGUUCCCAAAGGAGAAGAAGAAGAACUAGAAAGUUUGGAGCUUGAAAACCCUAGAAAACCUCAAAAUAGAAUUGGGGGUUUGAUGAAGAAUCAACCAAAGGUGAAGAAAACUGUAAGCUUUUCUGAAAAUGGGAAUGUUUAUAGAUUAAUUAAAAGCAGCCAUAGCCAUGUUUCAAGUGAUGACAGUGAUAGCAGUAAUGGUGGGGAAGAAGUCGUCGAAGAAAUCGGUGUUUCUUCCAAAGAAACCGAAGUGGGAGAUCAAGAUUCUUCGGAAAUGAGCGAGAAUGAGAUGGACCCAAGAAAGAAUUUGGGAACCCGAAUGAAUCAUUCAACCAAAAAUCGUCAAUCCGAUCAAGAACACAACAAAGAAGAUGAUGAUGAUGAUGAUGAUGAUGAUGAUUUCGUAUUCUCUGCUCCAUUGCCGGAAAAAAUGGAGUAUCGAGUGGAUUCAAACAAUAAGUUGAUCGGAAAACAGUAGAUUUGGAAGAUCCACAGGUUGUUUUUAGAAGGUAUUUAGUUCUGUUCUUAUCUGUAAGAUUUUGUUUUUCUGCCAUUUUUAUUUCUUGGUGUCAUUGCCAUUGUUGUUAGAUCACUGCUCUUAUUGCUUUGAAGUUUGUAGGAUAUCUCUGCUUAAUUGGGUUGUGUUUAUGACACCCCUUGUUGAGUUCUUAUUUUGGAUGUAGAAUUGAUUUAUUGAAGAUGGUUUUUGUGUGGAU